ACUUACUUCCCAUAACAGGAUCCACACAGGGGAGAAACCAUAUAAAUGCAUGGAGUGUAGAAAAUGCUUUACUACUAGCAGUACUCUUACUUCCCAUAACAGGAUCCACACAGGGGAGAAGCCAUAUAAAUGCAUGGAGUGUGGAAAGGGCUUCAGAAUGAGGAAACAACUUAUUGCCCAUAAAUCGAUCCACACAGGGGACAAGCCAUACAAGAGCAUGAAGUGUGGAAAGAGCUUUCGUACUAGGGGUGAACUUACUUCCCAUAACAGGAUCCACACAGGGGAGAAGCCAUAUAAAUGCAUGGAGUGUGGAAAGGGCUUCAGAAUGAGGAAACAACUUAUUGCCCAUAAAUCGAUCCACACAGGGGACAAGCCAUACAAGUGCAUGAAGUGUGGAAAGAGCUUUCGUACUAGGGGUGAACUUACUUCCCAUAACAGGAUCCACACAGGAGAGAAGCCAUGUAAGUGCCUCGAGUGUGGAAAGAGCUUUACUACUAGGAGUGAUCUUACUUCCCAUCAUAAAAGGACGCACACAGGGGAGAAACCAUAUAAAUGCAUGGAGUGUGGAAAGAGCUUUACUACUAGGAGGGAACUUACUUCCCAUAAAAGGAUCCACACAGGGGAGAAGCCAUAUAAAUGCAUGGAGUGUGGAAAGAGCUUUACUACUAGGAGGGAACUUACUUCCCAUAAAAGGAUCCACACAGGGGAGAAGCCAUAUAAAUGCAUGGAGUGUGGAAAGAGCUUUACUACUAGGAGGGAACUUACUUCCCAUAAAAGGAUCCACACAGGGGAGAAGCCAUAUAAAUGCAUGGAGUGUGGAAAGGCUUUUAGUGAAAACGGUCAUCUUACUUCCCAUCAUAAAAGGAUCCACACAGGGGAAAAACCACAUGAAUGCAUGGAGUGUGGAAAGAACUUUCCUACUAGGAGUGAACUUACUUCCCAUAACAGGAUCCACACAGGGGAGAAACCAUAUGAAUGCAUGGAGUGUGGAAAGGCUUUUAGUAGAAAGAGUAAUCUUACUUCCCAUCAUAAAAGGAUCCACACUGGGGAGAAGCCAUAUAAGUGCACGGACUGUGGAAAGACUUUUACUAAAAACAGUUCUCUUAUUUCUCAUAACAGGAAGAAGCCAUAUAAAUGCAUGGAAUGUGGAAAGAGCUUUACUACUAGUAGUUCUCUUACUUCCCAUAAAUGGAUCCACACAGGGGACAAGCCAUAUAAGUGCACAGAGUGUGGAAAGAGCUUUACUAUUAGCAGUUCUCUUACUUCCCAUAACAGGAUCCACACAGGGGAGAAGCCAUAUAAAUGCAUGGAAUGUGGAAAGAGCUUUACUACUAGUAGUUCUCUUACUUCCCAUAAAUGGAUCCACACAGGGGACAAGCCAUAUAAGUGCACAGAGUGUGGAAAGAGCUUUACUAUUAGCAGUUCUCUUACUUCCCAUAACAGGAUCCACACAGGGGAGAAGCCAUAUAAAUGCAUGGAGUGUGGUAAGACUUUUCGUCAAAACAGUACUCUUACUUCCCAUCAUAAAAGGAUCCACACAGGGGAGAAACCAUAUUAAUGCAUGGAGUGUCGAAAGAGUUUCUCUAAUAAUACAUGCCUUAUAAAUCAUAAAAGGCCAGCAAUGUUUGGUAACCAGAAGGUAAGCCGUGAGAAAUCAGAGAAGCCCUGAGUGUAGCCAAUGUUGUCAACUAAAGUUUUGAAGUCCUCUAUGCUUCCCUCUCUCAAUUUAGAAUUAUCAACCGAAUUAAAAGAGCAAAUGUCUCAAGGAGGGAGAAGGGAAAUGGCUCAGGCAUUGAAUACAGGGCAGUCCACCCCUGGGGAGUACUUGGGGCUCUCUGAGGUUGGUCGUUUUCUUGGAAACGUUUCUUGCUAGCACUGAAGAUGUAACC